UGGACCUUUAAACAAAUUGAUUAUCACAGCGACUGUUUAGCAGUAAAACUUGGACAGUAUGGAGUGGGAGUGAAUACGGUGGUUGGAAUAUUAAUGGACAGAUCUUGGCAGUAUGUUGUCUCCGUUUUGGGCAUACUGAAAGCUGGAGCGGCCUACUUGCCUCUCGAGGUAUCUUACCCUCAGCAUCUACUGGAUUCUGUGCUAGAAGAUGCAACACCAGUCGCAGUCUGUACCACAAAAAAACUAGUUGAUCGCUCCCACAAAAUGGAGAAGAGUCGUGUAAUCAACAUGGAUGGGUUUAAAUAUAGUCAAUAUAUCAAAUGGAAUGAUUUUGAUUAUGAUAAGAUGACACCGGCCUCAGUGCCAGUUUCACUGGAUGAUAUGGCCUGCAUUGUCUACUCCUCAGGAACAACUGGCAAGCCAAAGGUCACUCGAUUCACUCACAGAGAUGCCUUAUUCUCUCAUACGUGGAGGCACAGGGCUUAUCCCUAUAAGCAUGAUGACCGAGUAGCAGUUCUCUCUGCAUGGGACAUGCUCGGACCAUUAAUCAAAGGAAUCGGAAUUUACUUGAUACCAGACGAUGGAAUCCAUGAUCCCAAGAUAUUGGUUGAUUACCUCCAUCGGAGGAAAAUAACUCGAGUACUGUUCACUCCGUCAUUGCUGCGAGCUGUAUUGGAACACCAAGACAUUGAUUUGAAAAAAAGCUUAAAUCUGUCAGGCAAAUCUGGUUGCAUGGAGAAGUGGUUACAACAAAACUGCGGGACAAGUUGUGUCACUUGUUGCCAUGGAUACAACUGCUCAACCUCUACAGAAUUUCCGAGUGUCUUGAUGUGGCCAUUGCUGAUAUUUCGCUAUCAGUGGCAACAGGAGAGGCGGGAAAAUAUUGUCCCGUGGGUAAAUUGCUUCCAAAGGUUCAUGCUGUCAUCAUGGAUGAACACCAAAACGUCAAAGCUAUUGGAGAACCUGGAGAGGUGAGAUUUUGCAGUCAAAAACAAGCAGCUUCU